AUGUUUCGAACACAAAUUACAUAUGUCUCUUGUCCGCCAUUUUUGCCAUAUUUCCUUCCUUUCUUUCAGAGGCUUGAUUUCUCCAAGCUUUUGUUGCUCAUAAUCAAAAGUCUCAGGGCCAUUUACUUCCCCACUCCCAAUUUCGACCCUUCUUUCUUUCUUUCUUUCUUUCUUUCUUUCUUUCUUUCCGUCCUGCUUUCUUUCUCGAUUUCUUUCUUUCUUUUUCUUUCCAGUUUUCUUCCUUUACUUCAUUUCCGCCUUCAUUCUUUGUAUCUUUCUUUCUUAUCUCGCCUUCUUUCCUUCCUCGGUUCUUUCUUUAUUUAUUUUUGUCUUUCAUACGUUUUCCUUUCUCUCUUUUUUCUCUCCUUCCAGUUUUCUUCUUUUCCUUUCUUCCUACUUUCUUUCUUUCUUUCUUUCUUUCUUUCUUUCUUUCUUUCUUUCUUAUUGUCACCCGUCUUUCUUUCUUUCUUUCUUUCUUUCUUUCUUAUUUUAUUUCACCGCUUAUUUAUUUAUUUAUUUAUUUAUUUACUCCCUCGGUUCGUUCUUUCAUUUAUUCAUUCUUUCUUUCUUUUUUCUUUUCUAUCACGUUUCUUUCUUUAUCCUGUUCUUUCAUUCUUUCUUUCUUUUUCUUUAUUUCGCUCUGUCUUUCUUUCGUUCUUUCUUUCUUUCUUUCUUUCUUUCUUUCUUUCUUUCUUUCUUUCUUUCUAA